AUGGGGGAAAUUACUGCACACAUAUUUACUUCAAAAAAAAAAAAAACGGAUUACAAUGAUAAUGGUAAUAGCGAUGGUAAUGAUCAUGACGAUGAAAAGAGAACAAAUGCUGCACAUGAAGGGGAAAAGAAUUUCCUUAACAUGAAUAAUAAGUACGCAAAAAGUUAUGUUACGCAAAAUGAUUAUAAUUAUGAUUAUGUCAUGGACGAAUGUAAUAAGGGAAAAAAUUUUUAUUUAAAAAAUGAAAAAAAAUGUUUUUAUGAGGGAGGAAAAAAUAAUAAAAUGGAUUAUGUACACAGUUUUGGAAAAUAUAACUGUUUGACAAAUCGGAAGGAAAGGGAGGAAUAUGGAAAAAAUGUUACAAGCAAUGAUAAGAUGCAUGUCAACAUGGAUAGCAACAUGGAUGGCUACAUGAGUGAUAGCAUGAAUGAUAACAUUAAACAAAGUACACAUUCAGGGCAUAAUUUGAAAGGAAGCUUAAGUAAAAAAGAUGAUCAAAUAUAUAUUAACGUAAACCGUGGGGUGAGCAGAACAAAUAAAUCUACUGCAACAUCUGGUAAUGAAAACAGUUAUGCUAAUAUGAACGAAUGUAAUAAAGGCUAUUUUCAGAGAGCCAGAAAUUAUUACAGUAAUAGCAAAGUGGGCAUGAAAUAUGGAAAUCUAAAUUAUUACAAUAAUUCAGAUUACGUGAAAAGGGAGAUGGUAGACCAUUUUAAAAAUCCUGAAGAUGCUUAUUCCGGUCAAUACGGAAGAAGCACUCGAAACAAUGAUCAAAGUAGGAACUACCAAAAGGAGUCCUGUAGAAGAGAAAGAGCUGAUCGAUUCCAUUAUUACAACAAUCAGAGAAAUGACAGAGCACCAGAAAGGAGUGAAAGACACACAGAUGAAGAUACAUAUAGAGGUGGUCAUCGAUUUAGAAUGUCACAUUCGAUUAAACCUUCUCAUACCAGUGGUAUGAAUAAAAGUUAUUCUAAUUAUUACCAAAAAAGGGAGGGAACUUGUAAAAAUAAUUAUAAUGGCAAAAGUGCCAAUAAUAGCAGCAAUCAUAUUAACAGCAAUAACAAAAUCAGCAGAAGCAAUGGCAACAACAGAAGUAACAAUAGUAACGAUGCUUAUAUGAAAGGAAUGCAAAAUGAUCUAGGAAAAAUUCGCACGGACGAAUCGGAAAGCAAAUGUGAAGAAAAUUUUUUGCACACAAAUGAGCCCCAGCCCAGUGAGAGAAACGUUAUCCACCAAUUUAAUCAAAAGAACGAGAAAUCAGAAGAACACUUUGGGCAUAGUAAUAAUUGUGAAAAUAAUGGGAUAAUCAGUUCUAUAUCGUGCAAUAAUUAUUUAAAUAAAUCCAAUUCAUUCAACACGGAUAUAAAUGUUAGUAACAUGGCUUCAGUUAAAAAUGAAAAUAAAAAUUCACAAAAUGGGCAGGACGAUGUGCAUACAGAUACGAGAAGCAAUGGUGCCAUGGGAGCUCCAAAUGAUGAAGAGAAUUCUCAAGGCGCAAAAAAGAAUUUGAGAGAAAAUGAUAGUAGUAAUAAUGAAACCCCAAAUGGAAAUAUGAACCAAAAGGAUAAUUUACUUACGGGAGGUGACGAAGUUACGAAUGAGAAAAUGAAAAAAAUGAAGAGAGAAGAAGAAAAAAAAAAAGUUAUGAAUUGGAAGUUAGAGGAACAAACAUUGCUUGAAGAAGGAUUGAGAGUUUUUAAAGAUUUAAAAAAUUGUCCAGAAAAAUGGAAAAAAGUUAGUGAAAUUGUAAAGACGAAAAGUCCUGAUGAUUGCUUGAAGCGAUUCCUUUAUUGCAGAUUCAUCGUUAUGAAGGAAAAGCAAAAGAUAGAGAAAGAAAAAGAGGAAGAGAUGAGACGAAAACAGGAGGAAGAAUUGCGACAAGAACAGGAACGACAAAACAAAUCUAAUGAACAAAGUGAGGAAUGUAUUAAUAAUCCAAACGACGAGGAGCUUGAUCAAGAUAUAGAUAGUGAUGACAUGAAUAUAAAUAAUAACACGAACAUCACAGGGAAAAGUCUUAUACUAAACAAUACCCAAAUAAAAAAUAUAUCACUAUAUAAGGCAGUGAUGAUGAAGUUACAGCUAGUUUGCAAUCGAUGUUGCAAUACUUUUGAUGUUACAACAACGAGCAAGGAUUCUCCCCAAUUAGUGUGUACAUGUGCAAAUUGCAACAACAGCGUGGUUGUUGAAGUGUAUAGAAAUAUAUGUUUUAUGGAGAAUAAUUGCGUUUGCGUUUUGAAGUUUAACCAAUGUUCAUUAAUGGACCUGUUAAGCACUGAUUUUAGCGUGAAUUGCGAAAGUUGCGGGAGAAAAAGUAUUCUGAAAAAUGUCACCUCGGGUAAAGAAAUAUACAUCAAUUGUCAGAAAUGUUUUACCAAGUUGGAGUUCAGAUACAGGGAUUUCUCGUUUGAUGAAAUAGCUAACGCUAACAAUGCCGCCAUAAAAAAAAUCGACGAAAUGAUAAACAAACUAUUCACCAAGAAAAAAUCCACUAAGAAGGCCAUUGCUGCACCGAACAAUUUGAAAAUAGAGAAAUGUAAAAACGUCAUAAAAGUAAAUAAUAUAGAAGUAAAGGAUGGUGCAUGUAAACAUUUUAAAAAAUCACAUCGUCUUUUUAAAUUUCCCUGUUGUAAUAAAAUAUUUCCAUGCCCAACUUGCCACGAUUUAAAUAGCAACCACGAGUGUGGCAUUGCUACCCGGGUCAUUUGUGGAUUCUGCUUUCGCGAAUUUAAUGACGAUGAAGAGUGUAUAUGCCAGCGAGAUAAGAAAACGAAAAAAGGAGGAAACUUUUGGGAGGGAGGAAAAGGGUGCCGUAACGCAAUCACGCUGAGCAAGAAUGACUCGAAAAAGUAUAAACUUUUAAACAGACAGACUGUGCAGAAGAAAAAGAAGAAAUAG